AUGUCGAAUUUUCAACGUACAAGAAGCAAGGUCUGGUGGGGUGACUCACCGCCAAAUAUCGGCAGCCCAGUGGCACAACCCGAGUGGAACCAAAACAAUCAGAGAGUGGAGCCAGAGUGGGAGCCCCAGCUUCCUCAUUGGAUCAAUCAACCCGAACAAAGAAACAAUAGCGCGGAUAACUUGGCACAAGCCAAUUUGCCGAAUCAAUGGCCUCUUCGUCACGGCAGUCCAGGCAGUCACAAGAGCCAGGAUUCUGGCUUUUCAGAUUCUGAUAGCUCUCCACCAAUAUCCCAAUACUAUUCGCCAUCAGAUGAAAGUGAAAAAAAUAAAUCAAAUAACAGCAGCGAUUCAAAUAAUAAUGAAAAUGUUACUAUCAAACAGGCAGCUGAUUAUCAAAACUCACAGCACAAUAGUAAAGAUGAAGUUGAUUAUUCCAACGUUAACAUUAAUACUCCGACACCAAAACCUCGUCUCCGAAGCAGCAGCGUCAUACAGACUCCAUAUGACCUUCAAGAGUAUUUCGAAGUACAUAACGACCAAGAACACAUGGAGUUAUUAAAGGAUAAGAAAUUCGAUGAAAUUAAUAAAAAUUUAAAUGACGAUAAGCAGCGUAAAGAUAAACUCAACAAAUCUUUUGACACGGCUUUAAAUUCUAAUUUAAAACGAAACGCACAUGCUAACUCUAGCAAAAGUAUGUCUCAGAAUAAUAAAGAAAAUACUCCAAAUUCAAGUGCAAUAGAAAACGAUGCCAAAGAUAAAAAUAUUAAUAUUUUAAGUCCAUCUAAAAAAUAUCCAGCCAAUAAGACGGCUGGUGACAGUGAUUGUAACCAGACGAUUGUAAAAGUUGCUACUGUUAAAGACUUGGAUACAAAUAAAAACAAAUGUGAUGAUAGUGUAGAAUAUAUUCGAUUAUCACAUAAUAAUGAGAUUGCAGUAAACAAUCAGCCGAGGGUACGUACACCAAUAACGAACGUAUCCUAUGUUCCCACGGAAAAAAUACCAUCUUGCAAGCCGGAAUACAGACGCAGUAUGUCAAAUGAAGAGAAUAUUGCUAUCACGACUACUCCUAAGUUUCAAAGAAACAGACUUAACCAGUCGCUUAAUUUGGAAGGCCAGAAAUUAGACCGACAAAUAUUACAAAUACAAGAAGGCUAUCACUCUUUAGGAUACAUAGAUGAAGAGGAAUUACCGAAUCAAACUGUAUAUCCAAAGGAACAAGUUCAUAAGCCAACCAAAGCUUUGCUAGGAAAGAAUAUUAUGGAUAGUCUUCAUUUGAAACCAUCAAAAAAGGUCGGCCCUAAAGCUAAACAUCGAUCAGCUGGAAAAGAUAAAACAAAAGAACCAUUUAAGCUGUUUUCUAAUAGGAAAGAAAAGCCAGGCGUAGUUGAUAAACUUGCAGGUGGAGUGCUAGACGGUAGCAGGGUACCUUCUCUAGGUCUGCCGAGAACAUCAGAACAAAACUCUUGGGUAGUUGUUGGACAUCCGCAGAAAGAAAUGCUCAUACCACACUACAACGAGAGACUCGUACAGACGAAUAGCGACAUGAAUCUAAAAAGUAAGGAUGUCCAAAAUGGUAACAUGGAUAAAAACAGAUUAACACCACCGCCACAGUUCCAAGACAAACAAAAAAUACCGUACGAAAGCAAUUCAAAAACCGAUAAAGUUUUAACACACGAUUCAAAACGUGAGAAAUUAAAAGAUGACUACACAAGCUUUAUGGAUGUACAGUUAGACCUAGGUUGCACGUCUACACCGAAAAUGCUAGCUCCCCACGAAUUUAUGAAUGACGUACUAAAUAGUAACAAAAAGCCGCGCAGAGUAAAUUUAUUACAGAACUUUAAUAGUGGGUUGGUGUUAAACAAUCGAGAUGAGAUAUUGUACAGAGAAAGGAGUAUAGAUCAGACGAAUUUAGAGCGUCUGUGUGACAGAAAACCUGAGCCUGUGCAAUACUGGCUGUGCGAUUUAGUGGGCUCUUGUGAGAACGAAUGCAUGACAACACUGCAGAGCAAGCCUUUGGGAGCGGAAAUGAAAGCUAUGGUUUCAUCCAACUCAGCAACUAUAACUGGAAAUAUAAAGAAAGUGCAAACACACGGACAAAUUAUCGUCCAUCAAUACAGUGAUGUUUUACGACAAAUGGAGUCGAAAAACACAAGUGAAGAACAAAUAUGCUUAUUAGUGGCGAAUAUAAACGAAUUUGUGCUAGCACACAGCAUCACCUUGAACACAAAACCUCCCGGAGAGACGCCGGAGAGAUGGGACAAAAUCAAAAUGUCCCUACAAAUGUACCUCCAGAAGUUAAUAGAUAUCGGAGAAGAUGUUAAAGUUGAACUAAAUGAGAGCAGACCCGAGUGGAGUUUGGUACAAAAACAUUUGGACACAUUAAUUGAUAUAUUUUUGGAAACCACUAAAGCUGUACUCGUCCAACAAAUGAAGACGCUCGUGUCAAUUAUCGAAGAACCACCAUCAGAUAUGAUAUUAAAAAGCACGCUCACAUCCAUCGGUCAUUUGGCAAUGUUGACGGAAAACACUGAGAGUUCACUACACGCAAAAUGUACGAAAAUCAUGAAAAGCAUCACGGAAUUGCCUUUCGUCGACUGCGGAGUACCGAGGGCGUUGUUAACAGCUAUUAUUGAAAGCAAGAAAAGUUCUAUAAAGGCGCUCUCAUUACGCGCGCUUGCAACUGUCUGUGUGACAGGUGACGCUGUCAAACAAUUCGAAGAGGGAGGUGGUAUAGAAAUAUUAUCGGAUAUACUAUCGGAUAGUUCCAAUCCCGAACCUCAAAUGCGUGAAGCUAUCACCGUCCUCACUCAGAUAACAGCGCCCUGGCUGAGGGGACACUAUGAUAUAACACAACUACAUGUAUACCUCGACAAUAUAAUAAAGCAUAUUACUGAUAUUCUCUGUCGGACUGAAUGCUGUCAGCUUCUACUUCUCUGUACGGCGUGUCUCGUGAACCUCGUGAGGGAGUUAGAACUUGAGAAGAAAGAAGACGCAGAUUCUGAUAUUAUAGAAGUGAUCAAUAAAUAUCACACGGUUGAGAAAUUAUUAGACGCUGUCAAACGACGUGGACCAAACAUAUCUGUAUUCCUACAGGAACAAACGGCGUCCCUCUUGGCGUCUUUGUCACGUGUGUCACGAUGUAUUCUACCAUUGUCACGCUCCCCGGUCGCCAGUGUGGCGCUAGUGUGUUUCGCGCGCAGCGGGCCGCUAGCGACGCGCGCUGCUGAAUUACGCGCAACUCAUCGUUUACAUUGUCAUACUGCUGAAGCUAUAUCUAGGUUAGCAGUAAUUCCAGACGUAGCACAUCAGAUAGUUCAACUUGAAGGCAUUCCUCAUCUUAUCCGGUUGGUUAGGAUGCAGAGAACUCGGCCUCAUGUAGAUGAAAACCCGGAUCAGACGCUCAUACACACGUUGAAAGCACUACGAACUAUAUACAAACAUUAUCCAGAAGCUUUUAAUGAUGAAAAGGAUGUCAAAGAAAUGAUUAAACCGCACUUAAUGGAAUCUCUCAUGUUAUUUUCAGCUAAACAAGAAAGUUAUGUUUAA